AUGUGUUUUGGAGGAUCCCGAAACACGAAGCAACGCAAGAUUGAUGUAAACAGAUUAACUGACUCCUCUGUCCAGCCGAGCUAUCAGUCUUCACUGGCAAAUGCGCUCAGUUGCAAUCCACCGCAAGAAGUGGAACAACACUGGACUUGUAUACAGAAGGCAAUGACCAUUUCCGGACAGUCAUGCUGCGGUCUAACUCUACGCCCAUUGAAGGCUUGGAUCUCUGCUCGUUCUCUAGAGCUGUUCGAACGCCGCAAAGAUAUACCCGCGGAAUCAGCUUGCAACGAGCGGCGCCGUUCUGCCAACCGGCUGCUCAGGCAAAGCCUACGCAAGGAUCGCGAGUCAUAG